AUGACCAAGCUUUCCGACCGGCGUAGGCGCCGACGGCUAAAGCCUCACCGAAAGGUCGACAACAACGUGUGCCGCGAGCUCCUCAGAGAGGUCUGGCAACUCGAUUGGCAGUUUACACCGAAGUAUGCGGGCGUGCCGCCGAAUUCAUACCUUGGGCACUGGGAAGAUUGCAUAGUCGCUGCCGGGGAUGACCCAACGUUAUCUCUUGAAGAGCACGUUGUGGCCAUAAGCUUGACUCGCAUUAUUAAGGACAGCUUGGACAAGCAACUCGACGAGAUACAGAACGACUUCCGUUCAAAUUAUCCUGUACAGUUAACAAGCCAACUGUCGGACGAGCAGGUGCAGACGGCGGUGUCUUUCGCAACUUCCCUGUGGUUACACAUCUCACUGGAUUUUUCCUCUCCAAGCCUUACGUUUAAACAAGCAGUUCGAAACUGUGUACCAGAGAAGACAGAUCCGAAGUAUAUAACAGGCGAGUUGUCUCACGACUUUUGCGCCAAGCAUCUUUCAAGGAAAACUGGUAUCAGCAUUGACUGGACUGACAAGAUUGAGGAGCAUCUGACGUCUGAUGAAUCUUCAAUCAAGGUUUUCAGAAGCUAUUCUAUGCUUCUAGCUGUACAACGUCAACCUCAGAGUGACCCCUUCCCUCCAGGGUUUGUAAAUGAAACGAUUCAAACACUGUAUCUUCUGUUCCGACCAUUGGAGCAUGCACGUUGGAACAUCAAGCGCAUGGAAAAACAUCAGGACAUCGACCUGGAAUUUGCCAUAAGUGAAUGGCAGGAGAAGGAAUUGAAGGAGUAUCCGUACUGGCACCAUCAUCUGGCCGCGAUUCAGAAGUUGUACGACAGGAAAAGGCCAACGACCCUUAGACAGUGGUUUUUCGAUCGGCGAGAUCGCACACAAUGGGCGACUUUCUGGGUGGCUUUCGUUGUCUUUGUGCUGACGGUUAUCUUUGGCAUCAUUUCGAGUGUCACGUCAAUCCUCCAGAGCAAGUCACUACGAUUCAUCAUGUCGCGAUAUCGACGUGUCGACUGGGAUUCUCCACUGGACGACCGCUAUAGCGAGCAUCAGAUCACGUUUGAAGAGCCAUCACGACGAUCAUUUCCAGUGCGCAUCCGUCGUCGAGACAGCUCUGAAAGCUCAUCAAUAUAUUCAGACACUUCAUCAAUCCACAGUGGUUUUCGCGAACCGGAAGCGGAUGAGUCUGACAAUGUCGAAAUUAAGAGAACGAGCGAGACAGCGGAUGGAGUGAGCAGUGCCCAAGCGCGACCUCCGCAAGUUCGGGAGCGACAAACCGUGAUCAACGAAAAGUGGUACACUGCAGAAGCUGCGCAGACACUGCCCUUCGCAGCUCCGUUUACUGGCGAUGGAAACCUGCAUUCGGCAGAGCAUCUGGCUCGAAAAGACGGUGGAAAUAGCCAUGCCAGGUACAGGAUUGGUAGCGCAGGACAAGGCCUCGGGCGAGAAGCAGAGGAGCAUGAGGCGGCGGCAAUGAAACGCCUGGCAAAUUCAGCAAGUGAAGCCUCAGCCAAGCUGGAAGAUGAAGUGACACGUUUCACAAUCGAGAAGGACCUGGAGUUCGAGAAUGCCGUUAGACGAUUAUUUUGGUCUUCUGGCAUCCCUCGAGAAGUAUGUGACGAGGUUCUGGAUAGUCAUCGGAAGAAGCAACAAGUAAAGCGGAGGAUACGCGGUGAGGGCAGUUUGCUACCUAAUGCCAAAUCUAGUUUCCGCGAUGAAACAUUAUCUGCAACAAGUAUGAGCGACAAGAACACAGACAGUGAUGCCAGUGAAGCAUCUACAGUGAAACAAGCCUCUCAUAGAGGCCGGGCAAGGCAGCGCGCACAUGAGGAAAGAGUCCUUACGCGGAAAUUGGCUCGUGUUGACUUGGAUGAUACUUACAGACACAAAGUCGAUGUUCCACCAGAAGCGCAUUCCAUUUUCAUUGCAGGUCCAUCAGGACAUGUAGAGUUUCGUGCGGCUAAUGGAACUUUGCAACACAUUGAGCAAUGGCAACCACACGAGGAUGAAAACCCUAUACACUUGACGGACGCUCCCUCAUCAGCACCCAGUUCUCAGGCUAUAGAGCGGAAGAAAUACGAUCGGAAAACUAAUUCAGAGGUCAAAGGAGAGCUGAUUGUGGAGAUGCUAGAAAGCAUACGGCGGAAACUGGAUGCUGCGCCUCUGCUGCAACUAACUGGCGACAAGCGGGAAGCUACAGUUGAGUCUCUGCUCGUACCUAACGAAGUCGAUAGUGGUGUAGAGCAGGAAGAUAAAAAGCCGCUCGAAUACAAAAACAGCACCAAUGCAAAGAAGCGUAAGCCAAAACAUUGGAAGGGCAAAAUGCGUGCAACUGCACCACAAAAGGAGGUGGUAACUACUGCAUAG